AUGCCGCUCGUGCACGCUCAGAGCUACGGCUCCUUCUCCGGCCUCUUGGACACCCCUAGCGCUAUGCCCCGACGGCCCAGCUCCCCCGAGCAUAAGCCCCUCCCCCGCAUUCCACAACCGUCGGAUGGCAUCUCUUUGUCCGCGAUGGAGGACGAGGACGACGCGACGCUGCUUGCCUCCGACUCUGUGCGUUCCUCCGCCACUGCUGUCAUGAGCAAGCGACAGUACGCCCUUUUCGAGCUCGUCUCUUCGGAACGAGCGUAUGCGCAUGACUUAUCCCUCAUCCGCGACAUCCACAUUCCCCUAGCAUUGGGCCAACCUAUCCCUCCUGCGACGCCUGCGACACCUCCAGGGUCGGCCUCGUCGUCGAGGGCUGUGUCCGCAGCAUCCGAGCCGCCACCAAUGACCCCAGAGGACGUCAGAAUCGUCUUCAACAACAUUGGGCAGAUCGCCGACUUCGCAAUCGACCUUGCGGACGCCCUUCAAACUGCUCUGGGGCAAGUGGGAGAGGCUGCGUUGGAGCACGGGAGGGACAGCAUGGGGAGCAUCAAUGGCGGACUCACGGACGACGAGCUCGGGAAAGUAAUGAUCGCCUCUGUUGCGGAAAUGGAGGCGCUCUACCGACCGUACAUCACCAAGCACUCGAACGCGCUCGAGCACCUGAAGAACCUGCCGCAAACGCCGGCGCUGACCUCGUACCUCGCGCACACGACCGCGCUCGCGUCGAGCAUGUCGCACGCGUGGGACCUACCGUCGCUGUUGAUCAAGCCCGUGCAACGGCUGCUCAAGUACCCGCUCCUUCUCGCCGCGAUCAUCGACGAGACCCCGGAUACGCACCCAGACAAGUCGUGGCUGCGCGCCGCGCGCGAGUCGCUGGAAGAGGUCGCGCGAGGCGUGAACGAGGGUCGCCGGCGGCGCGAGGUCGUGCGCGAGGUGCUCGCCGGUGGGCACGGGAUCGUUGCGACGCCACGAAUAAACGACGUGAAGGGGAAGAAGAAGACGCUCGGAAUCGGGCCCUCCGUCAGCCUCGGACGGAUGAAGACGAUACGUGCGGCAGCGCUCACAGCCAAGGAAGGCCCAGAAGCGAACGUGGAGGCGGAGGAGGUCAGGGCGCUUGGCGACCAGCUGAAGCGGCACGACGCGUUCGUCAAACGGUUCGCGGAGGACGCGCUCGCCUGGGUCGACGCCGCGGGCGACAUGACCGCCGCGCUGGACGAAUGGGCACACGUGUUCGGGAACGUGAUCUGGAUGGACGACGACGGCGGCGGCUCAGAGGCGUUCGAGGCGUUCCGCGACCUUAUCGCGGACCACCUCCUCCCCAUCUGCCAGCAGACGCGGACCGAGAUUACUGAGCAGCUCAUACCCAUGCUUGACGCGCUCGUCAAGACCACCGUCGCGCCGAUGCGUCUCCUCGAGGCGAUGAAGACGCUCGAGCCGGUCCACUACGGCCUCCUCAAUGUCGACGUGACUAAAUCGCGCCCCCCACCGCAGUUGCUCGACAUGUCGCAGUCGUACGUCGCGCUCCGUGAGCAGCUCGCGGCCGAGCUUCCGCAAUACCUCCGCCUAUUCGACGCUGCCGCGUCCGGGUGCACACUCCGGUUCGCCACCAUCCAGAGCCGCUACUUCUACCGCGUUCGCGAGCGCUGGUCCGAGCUCUGGGACGCGCUCAAGGUCGACGAGGAGGCCAACCUCGGCGCCCCCGAGACGCUCCGCGUGUGGUGGUCUCGCUUCGCCGAGGUCGAGGUCCAGCUCAAGGCGCUCCGCAUCAUCCAGCCUCCACCAUCGCGACGCGCGCCCGCAGAGAAGCUCCGCCUCCGCCAGCCUGCGAACGGUACGCCACGUGGACGCGGCGAUGGGGAUGUCGCAUCCGUCGCGGUCGUGUCGACCAUGCUCGCUGCGCUCGAGCCGCUUUCAAUCCCAACCCCGAGCCCGACGCGCGGCGCGUUUGCGGCGGGGACGUCUCCGCAGAGCGGCAAGACGCGGAGCGUGCACUCGGUGGAGGGCGAGGGGCGGACGGUGAUGUCGCCGCGGAAGUCGCAGGAGAGCAUCCACUCGAAGCGCUCUGGCAAGUCGCACCGGACGCCGUCACGCGGGACGAGCCUUGGGGGGAUGCAUGACGAGGGCUUCCACGGCCUGCCGGGCCUCACGGCCCUCGCGCCAACACGGGAGAAGGACAGGGGGAAGCAACGGGAACAGCGACCAAAUCGAGAACAAGACCCACACGACGAGGCGACAUAUUCGCGCUCGCGGAGCAUGCCGCUCGCCACCGCGCCGCCAAUGGGGAAGGUCUCGAGCUCACCGUCGCUCGGCAAGUUCCUCGACGUCCCGGACGAGGAGAGCUCGAACAGCAGCAAUCCGAGCAUCAUCAGCGUCGUCCUCGACGACCGGGACGGCCGCGGGCGGCCAGCGCGCAAGCCGAGCUUCCGCCGCCGCCUCACGGACAGCUUCAGAGCGAACCCACUUUCAUCCGAUGCUGCCGCACAGGUCCAAGCGCAAACACCUCCGUCAACAAGACAACGCCGGUCGCCGUCGCUGCCCAACCCAUCGCCAUCGCCCACAAAGGCGAGCUUCGCCUCAUCCGCGUCCACCUUCGUCCCGAGCCCCUCGUACCCGCGCGGACUCUCGCGGCGGCGGACGAGCGGGCAGAUGCCGUCGCUGUACGAGUGCCGGGUGAUCCACCGGUGCGAGCCACCGCCUGGGGUGUCGUACCGCGACCUGCCGUUCUUCACGCUCCGCGUCGACGACGUGUACGAGAUCUUGGAGGAGGCGGGGCACCCGUCCACGCACCGCGACCUGCCGCUGUACGUCGACGACGGCGAGGACUGUCUCCUCCUCGCGCGCUCGGCGCGCGGCGACGUUGGCUGGGUGCUCGCCAGCUUCCUCCUUCCUGUGGACUAG